AUGGGUGCAUGGGGACUCGGGCUCUUUCAGAGUGACUUCGACUACGAUAUCCUCAAGGAGAUUGAAGAUCUUCUUCACCUUGACCCUGAUAAGGAUGGUUCUCUCCGCAUCCCCAAGGAUGUCGCAGCGCUUCGCAAGAAGUUGAACGACACCGGCAUUCAGAUGGUGAUGAACAAGUACUUGGGCAAGAUCGUCAACCCUCCCAAGGAGCCAGACUGGCACCCAGCUGCAUAUGCCGUCGUUAUCUUCACUGUUGUCUGCAUCGAGCAAGGCUGCACCGUGCCUCAGAAGCUCCUUGAUUUCACGUCCAAGGCAUACGAGAAGGUUGGAUUGCAACGAGAUGGCAUCCCCCAAGUCGACAACGCUCUCAAGGAAUAUGAGCCUGGAAAGCAAUGGGACUGCGGCAGCCUUGGACUACGUGACACCAUUGCAGCGGGCAAGACCGAUGAAAGUGAUCUUGUUCUGCCUGGAACCCUCAUGAACACAACCUCACCUGAAUGGGGUCAAGGACACAAGGUGCUGUUCCGUUCCCUUUCGCUCAUCGUCAAAGAUGGCUAUCACGGUGAUGAUGCGUGUGGUGGUUGUGGAGCACAAACCAUGCCUCGUGGUGGUCCAUUGAUGAAAUGCGGGGCUUGCAAGAAGCGCAAAUACUGCGGAGUUGAAUGCCAGAAGAAGCACUGGCAUUGGCACAAGCAGCUCUGUGGCAAGGAGCUGAAAGAUACGUUACCGAAGGAGGGCCCUCCCGAGAAGCCCGACACUGCUCAAUCAUGUGCCCACUACUACCGGAAUGAGUACAAAGCAAUGUUGGCGGGCGAGUGA